AUGCCCUUCGGCCUUACCAAUGUGCCGGCCACCUUCCAAUACUUUAUUAAUGAUUGCGUCCGUGACUACCUUGAUAUGUUCUGUACAGCCUAUCUUGACGAUAUCCUCAUCUACAGCGACACCUUCGAGGAACAUAGGGAUGCGUACCAGACCACAAGAGUACACUACGCAGAGCUCAGAGUUCGGCUAACAGCUACAAAGGUAGAAGUUUCCAAGGUCUCUUCAGUCAACGUCGAGUAUGAUUCUCCUUGA